AUGUCAUCGUAUUAUAGGUAUCUCAAUCGCUAUGCGCCAUCCUUCCUCAGGCAAUACCAGACCCAGACCUAUAUCAACCUCCAAAGGAGCACUCAAUAUCACCAAAUUGUCCAAAUGAACGCUACCUCUUCAUUGACAGCUGAUGAAGACCUCACCCUCAAAUAUAAAGCUCCAUACAACAUCGCGAAUUUACUUGGAGGCAUAGCUCUUAUCUUUUGGUUUAUUUUCCAUAUCGAUACUUACUGCUUAGGCACUAUCAAGCAUCGUCUACGUUCAUACCAUAACUAUAAGAUGUGGAACCGUCUUGAAGCGGCUUUCCUAUUUUUCCUCACUCCCCCCCCCCCCCUCCGUGAGCGAACAAAAAAAUUUUGUUCGCUCACGGAGGGGGGUUAAUUUUUUUUUUAAAAAAAAUUUAUAUAUAAAAAUUUAUAAAAAAAUUUUUUUUCGAAAUUUAAAAAAAAUCCUAAUUUGCAAAAAUUGGGAAGCAAAUAUUAAUUUAAUUUGCAAAAUUUAUGUUUUAAAACGCAAUUUGUUUAAAAUUAAACAGAAUUAGCUCUAGAUUUCAUUAUACUAAUUAUCACUUAUAUAUCAAAAUUUUUUUCCAUUAAAAUUUUUUCUAUUAAAAAAAUUUUGUUCACUCACGGAGGGUGGGUUUUUGGUCAAAAAAUGGCGAUUUUUCUAAUGGUUUUGUUCGCUCACGGAGGGGGGGGGGGAGUCAGGAUUUUGUAUUUUAAAUUAAUUCUCUGUGCAUGGUUUUUGAGAUAAAAAAAUUUUCAUAUUUUUUUUAAAAGCUUAGGCAAAUUUUUAGUGCUUGAAGUUAUGGUUAGAAAGCAUGGAGUGAUAGAUGCUCAAAAGAGAAGAGAAGAGGCUAAGCAGAAGUUCUUCAAGGCACUCAAUAUAACUGAAGAGAAAUAUAACGAGCUUGAGCAGAGAGUGAAAGAUGGAGAAGAUCCUAAAGAAGUGAUCAGGACUGCUGACGUUGAUUGGAAUCUCAACUAUUACCCUUACUUAAAACUCUAA